AUGUUCCGUCACCUUAGACUUGUUGCCGCUUCGGCGUCGCUGGCCUUUGCUGCCACUAUCCCUAUAAUCACCCAGGGCACAGGCGCGAGCGUUACUCCUCACGACCAGUAUUCGUCCUCAGUCGGCGUGGUCGGCUGUAAGAUCGACACCAAUCGUGUAGCCUAUUGGCCCAGCGCAGUCGACUGCAACGAGAUCUGCGUUAAAGUCACCCACGAGGGCCGAUCCCUCAACCUCCUCAAGAUUGACACCUCCGGUGGCGCGUACGAUAUCUCCUACGACGCUUGGAACUACCUCGGCUUCGGCGAAUCUGCGAAAGACAACCCGCAAAUUGGAGGAGCUAUUGAUAUGGAGUUUGGCAUCGUUGGCCCUAGCGAGUGCGCCGAUAUCUUGAACGACGGCAAGCUGCCCCUCUUGGCAGCCAACAGUAUAGACUUUCUCUCUUCGUGCCUUAGCCAGGCCGACAGCUUUGUCGCCCAAAACCACAUACUCUACAAUAUCGCCGACCCUGUCUGCCACCAUGGCAUCGACGAGAUAUGCACCCUCGACCUCUCUAUUAGCAACCAGCCCUCGUGUCCCAGCGGUCUCGGCAGCGCCAAUCAGCUAGACCAGCCGGUAUAUAACAUCCAGUACACAACCGGCGAGGAAGUUGUCGCCUAA